AUGAAGUGCUAUCUAUCUCGUGAAGGUGAAGUGCUAGUGUUGCAGAUUUUGGUCACCACGACAUCUCAUAAUCGCGUCUGUCUUUACCUUCUCUUCUCUCUCACAUCUUACUGUAACUACUUACAUCCCGUUGUCUUUUGCGAAGAGUCAACUAACACGAUACAGGCUUAUACACAAAGAUACCUGGCUACCAUCCUCAACCAUCCGGCUCUGAUCGAUUUGGCUUGUGGUAGGCCUCGAGUGACAGGCAACCAGCACAACUGGAACGACGCUCGAGAGCACUUCAUAUCCACAGUCUCAUCGAGGGUGAACGAUGCGAUGGAAAUUUUGACAGGAUGCUUGUUGUAA